AUGGCCAUAAACAAUGGAAGCGAGCACGUGGUGGAGGCCGUCGCGAUCCACAUCGAGGAUGUCGGGGAGCCACAUCAUUCCGAGCAACCUCCCACCACGCUAUGGAGUCAAAUCGACGAACAGCCAAGCGGCUCAUUACCUCUCAUUGCCAUUGUGGGCAUGGGGAUGAGAUUCCCUGGUAACAUCCGAACUGCUGAGGAAUUUUGGUCACUGCUGGUGGAGAAAAGGAGCGCCCUAGGCGAGAUCCCUCCAGGAAGGUACCUUGGAGACUCUUUCUAUCACCCAACCAGGCCCCAUGAAAUCAAAACUAAGCACGGAUACUUCUUGCAGGAAGAGUAUCUUGGCAAGGUUGAUAAAGACUUUGUCGGAAAACCGUCAGAAGCCGGAAGUUUAGAUCCUCAGCAAAGACUUCUGCUCGAGGUUGUGUGGGAGUGUAUGGAGAAUGCUGGCCAGUCGGACUGGAGAGGCCGCGAUAUCGGCUGUUUCGUAGGAAGUUUCGGAGAAGAUUGGCUCGAAAUCACCAGCAAAGACACUCAGUACAUAGACCGGUUUAGAGCCAUGGGGACGGGAGACUUUGCGUUUGCCAACCGAAUUUCAUUCGAGUUCGACCUAAAAGGUCCAAGUAUCACAUAUAAAACGGCAUGCUCUUCUUCCCUGGUUGCAUUACAUCAAGCUUGUCAAUCAAUAUACUCCGGCGACUGCUCUGCGGCCAUUGUUGGGGGGAGCAGUAUCAUAUUCUCCCCUACAAUGUCUGUAACAAUGUCCGAUAAUUUGGUCUUGGCUCCUGAUGGCAGAUGCAAGACUUUCGAUGCCUCAGCAGACGGGUACGGGCGCGGAGAAGGCAUCAAUGCCAUAUUCAUCAAGCCUUUGGAUGCUGCCAUACGGAACGGUGACCCCAUUAGGGCCAUUAUUCGCUCGACAGCAACCAAUAGUGACGGAAGGACACCAAAUAUCUCAACCCCGGACCGGGAAAGCCAAGAGACCCUUAUCCGGAGAGCAUACAGCAGAGCGGAGAUCAGCGAUCCCUGUCAGACGGCAUUGUUCGAGUGCCAUGGAACCGGAACAACGAUAGGCGACGUGACAGAAACUCAGGCUGUUACUAGCAUUUUCGGAGAGAACGGGAUAUUUAUUGGUGCGGUAAAACCAAAUGUUGGCCACAUGGAAGGCGCAUCUGGUUUGACCAGUGUGAUCAAAGCCGUUCUUUCCUUAGAACAUAGACAGAUUCCCCCGAAUAUAUAUUUUGAGACACCACACCCGGAGAUUCCAUUUGAGGUUGGCAAAUUAGAGGUACCGAUAGACACAUUACCAUGGCCGGAGGGCAAAGAGGCGAGGGUGAGUGUAAACAGUUUUGGAAUCGGAGGAGCAAAUGCCCAUGUUAUAUUAGACGCCUUUCAACAGCGCGACAUUAUUUCAGCCCCGCGAAAAUACUCACAUCAGAUCUUAGCUCUGUCUGCAUGGGGAGCGAAUGCCCUUAAUAAGAAAAUCGAACAACUCCAAUCGUACAUUGAGCAACACCCCCGUGCGUUGAAAAACGUUGCCUUCACAUUUAGUUCUAGGAGAGAUCAUUUAUCUCAUCGUGCUUUUGUGGUUACAGACGGCGAUGCAAUAAAUACCGAUGCGUUUCAAAGGGGGCAUUUACCCGAGCUGCAAGCAUCGGAGUUGAUCUUCGCCUUCACCGGCCAAGGUGCACAGUGGCCCGGAAUGGCUAGGAGCCUCAUUGAUGCAUAUUCCCAAUUCUCCAAUGAUUUGCAGAUAAUGGACGCUACCCUUAAAGGCCUUCCAAUUCCGCCAAAGUGGCUCUUACAUGAUACCCUGAUGAACGGCGACCAGACUACAAUGGACCGUGCUGAGUGCUCUCAACUGCUAUGCACCGCCAUUCAGCUGGCUAUGAUCAAUCUUCUCGCGUCAUGCGGUAUACACCCAUCCAAAGUGAUUGGGCAUUCCAGCGGGGAGAUUGCUGCUGCAUAUGCAUCGGGGGCCAUCCCAAUGGAGACAGCUAUAAUCCUAGCAUACUAUCGUGGCCAGGUAUCUUCGCAAUGUGAGGGGAAAGGGGCUAUGAUGGCAGUGGGUAUGGGCCCAAAACAAGUCCGUUCUUACAUUACAGAUGGUAUCGUUGUCGCCUGCUAUAAUAGCCCCGAAAGUGUGACUUUAUCAGGAGACAGAGCACCGCUGGAAGAGGUGGCAUCAAGAAUACGCAGCGACACGCCGGAUACACUAAUCAAAAUGCUUCCUAUCCAAGUUGCCUAUCACUCUAGCCACAUGAUGUUCGCAGCAGCCCACUAUGAAGAACUAAUCCGACCUUACGUGACCUGCAGGCCGAAGUUGGCAGCUCAAAUAUUUUCGACCAUGACUGGCCAAGAAAUCCAGAAUACAAGCCAGCUGGAUGCAGCUUACUGGAGGGCGAACCUGGAAUCACCAGUCCAGUUCACUGCUGCAAUGAGUACAGCGUUGAAGUCGGUGUCUAAACUACCGCAGCUGCCUCUUGUCCUAGAGAUUGGGCCACACUCAGCACUUUCGGGGCCUAUCCGUCAGAUCUCCAAGGAUGUGGAAAUAUCGAACACAUACUGUCCAACCGUAGUCCGGGGGCAGGACUCCACUUCCACGUUUCUGCAAGCCGUGGGUCAGGCGUAUCUCCACGGCUCGCGGGUUCGUUUUGAGGCUGUCAACGGGCCUGGGACCUGCCUAAAAGACAUUCCACCUUAUCCCUGGCAAUACGACGAUUUAGGCUGGGCUGAAAGUCGACCCCCUCGUCAAUGGCGAUUGCGCAAAUUUCCGCAUCAUGAAUUGCUCGGUUCACGUACCCUGGAAUCGGGUGACUUGGAGCCUUCUUGGAGAAACAUCCUUCGCCUCGAUGAAGUUCCAUGGAUCUGGGACCACAAUGUAAGUGGCCAAAUAGUGUUCCCUUGCGCUGGCUACAUAGCCAUGGUGGCCGAGGCAGCCAGACAAAUCACCAGUUUCGAUAAGAUCUUGUUGCGAAACAUACUGAUCAGAAAUGCCUUGCUUUUGGAGCCGAGUCUCGAAUACGAGCUUCUCACAAGCAUGCGACCUGUAACAGUUAAUGACCUAGUGGAGUCCUCAUGGUACGAGUUUACGGUUUGUUCAUAUGAUGGUAACUCGUGGAAAAAGCACUGCUCUGGCCAAGUUAUGUCUGGCACGCCCAGCGACCCACCGCCGCCGUCAAGACCCCUUGUAUACCCAAGACCUCUCUCGUCGCCAUAUUUAUAUCGACAACUGAAGAAGGCAGGACUAAAAUAUGGGACAACCUUUCAAGGCCUGCGUGAUAUCACAGUUAGUCCUUCAACUUAUGAAGCCGCGGCGACUGUUGAGGACGAUCCACGCCUGCAUAGUGGCCGCUACCUAAUUCAUCCUACCGCCAUUGACCAGUGCUUGCAGUUACACUGUGUUGCGGCAUGUCGCGGUAUUGCACCGGGGGUCGGUGUAGUUGGUGUUCCCUCGUAUAUUGGUGCGGUGUACCUAACGCACAGCAGCGAGACCAUGUCAUUGGUGGUCAAUCCGACAUCCUCUGGACCUAUGUCUGGUAGGUUGGGGGGAGAUUCAUGUCUGAUACGCAGUGAUAGCAGCAUCGCUCUAUCCAUGUGGGACGCCCGUUUCUUUGCGCUAGAGAGUGAAUCAGCAAUCGUACGCGAAGAGCCGUUUCUCUGCUCCCACAUGAACUACGAACCCGAGAUCCGUCUCAACCUUACAAAAGGCUUGAUCAAGCGGGCUGGUGUGGAUACAGGAUUAGAAACAACAGCUAGGCUUGCCACUUUGGCAAUAUCAGAUUUUGAUGUUCUGGUCCGUGAUUCAACACCAACCGUGCCCCAUAUGACAAAAUAUCAGCAGUGGAUUCAGUCCGAGGCCCUUCGAAUAAGAACGGAAGAUUAUCACAGCAUUGAAGAGGCACGAGAUUGGGCACGCAUGAGCCCUGGUGAACGCCUCAGUCUAUGGAAAGCACUACUUGACAAAGUUCCCGAUCCCAGACUGUCUGGUUUUUUUGCAGAUGCGCGAUACUGCCUUGAAUCGGAGAUGGAGUCCCUAAUGGCGGGAAAGUCAUCGGCGGCACAGGUACUAGCUCCACGUGACUCAUGGAAAGACAUCUAUGCGUAUGCGGUGAAUAUUUUCGAUUGGGAUCGAUUUUUCCGGCUCGUCGCACAUUCCAGUCCUCAGCUGCGAAUCCUUGAAAUUGGUGCUGGAACUGGAUCCGCCACGGUGGCUGCAUUGAGAGCUCUAGAGCAGCAUGGAAAUCAAUUGGAAUAUGCCGUCCUUGACAUAUCGCUGUCGCCUGCAGACCAGGGUUUCGACGUUGGAGGCUUCGAUUUAGUUAUCGCAUCCAAUGUAAUACAUGCUACGCCAAGUUUAAACAAGACUCUCAUAAAUGUGAAGACACUACUGAGGCCUGGUGGCUGGUUCUUCCUUCAUGAGCUAUCUGCUGAUGUACCUUAUGUUGAUUGGGUUAUGGGUACCCUCCCCGGAUGGUGGUUAGGAGACUCAGACCAGCGUCUCGAUCGACCUUAUGUCAAGGUCGAUAGAUGGAACGACGAACUCACCAAAGCAGGCUUUCUUGAAAUGGAAGACUUUGUAGAUGACGAAGACUUUCCAUUCCAGUUGUCUGCCACCAUGAUAGCAAGGAGCGCGCCGUUAAAGCCGUCUGCUCCUGUUGUCAGCCUUCUGGGAACCCCGCAGACCCAACAGCACCCUUGGGUAGCAGUCAUUGAGAAGAAACUUGCCAAUCAAGGAUACACCGUUCGUUGGUGUGUACUCGGUGAUUCUGUUGAAGAAGGUGUUGUUAUUUCCCUCCUUGAUCUUGAUGGGCCUUUUCUUUACGACUUGUCGGAAGGGUAUUUCUCGAGCCUCAGGAAUUAUCUCUCCAUUGCCCGGCGGACACUCUGGGUCACCCAACUCUCCCAGAAAACGUGCUCGGAUCCUCGCUAUGGCCUUAUCCAGGGAUUUUGCCGUACCAUCAGAGCUGAGACAGGCAUUGACUUCAGGACCCUGGAGGUUGAUGACUUUAAUGAUACUACUGCGGGCCUUCUAGUCCGUGUGUUCAACGAGUUUCUCGAUGAGAAGGCCAUGCCCUCUGGCAGAGAUUAUGAAUACACCAUUGAAGACAGCAUUGUAUAUACAACAAGAUGCAAUUGUCUAUCAAAAGAAAAGCAGCUUGAAGUUGAAGGCAAUUGUGGACCCCUCCGCCUCCAUCCUGGAGUACGCGGUGUCCUAGAUACGCUCCAGUGGGUGGAAGAGGAACGGCAGAUGGAACUCAAGCCUGAUGAGGUCGAAGUGGAGAUGAAGUAUCUUAGCUUGAACUUCAAGGAUCUCAUGUUUGCCUUAGGCCUACUCGUGACUGAUCUGCCCCUAGGUAUAGAGGGGAGCGGUGUUGUCCGCAGAGUAGGAUCGGAAGUGGUUGACUUGCACGCGGGAGACGCAGUGGUCGUAAUUCAGCAGGGCACAUUCAAGACUCGAUUAACCACGCGGGAAACGAACUGUAUGCGCAUCCCAGGCGGUAUAUCUCUCGAACAGGCAUCUGCGAUGCCCUGUGUCUACGCAACGGCCAUUUACUCCCUGCUGACGAUAGGAAAUCUGAACAAAGGACAGAUCUAUGCCACGGUCAGCAGCGAGGAAAAGAUUCAGUUCCUGAUGAAGAACUUCAAUCUUCCACGAGACCGUAUCUUCGACUCUCGAAGUGUCUCAUUUCGCAGAGGUGUUCUAGCUGCAACAAAUGAACGUGGUGUGGACCUUGUCCUGAACUCUCUGGCAGGAGAACUUUUGCACGCAUCUUGGGACUGCGUGGCGCCCAUGGGCAAAAUGAUCGAAAUUGGUAAACGUGACAUGCUAGAGCAUGGGAAGCUGGAGAUGGUGAACUUUGCUAACAACCGCUCCUUUUAUGGUGUUGACUUGAGUGAGAUGCUCGAUGACUACCCAGACCUUGUCCGGGGAGCAAUCAAUGAGAUGUUUACCUACUGCCAAGAAGGGCGACUUCAGGCGCAACUGUUUCCACGAAUGUUCGAGGCAGAUGAUAUAGGGAGUGCAUUCCGACAUAUGCAGACUGGCCGGCACAUAGGUAAAAUUGUUGUGAAAAUGCCGGAGGUGCCUCACAGUCUCAAAUACAAACCGAUCGAGAAGAGAUACAUCUUCUCUCCUACAAGGUCGUACCUGCUCGUGGGUGGCUUCGGAGGAAUUGGUCGAGUGCUGGCGACAUGGAUGGUCACCAACGGCGCCAGGCAUCUGGUUAUAAUGUCACGAUCAGCAGGACAAUCCGAGUCUGAUCAAGCCUACGUCAAGGAGCUAGAGAGCCAGGGCUGCACAGUAGCUGUAGUCCAUGGCAGUGUCGAGGACGCAGAAAGUGUCGAGCAAGCAGUCUCUGCCAGUGAGCACGAGCUCGCCGGGAUCGUCAAUCUCUCAUUAGUACUACAGGACGAACUCUUCGCGAACAUGUCAUACGCGCAAUGGCUGGCACCCCAAGGCCCAAAAAUCCGCGGUACAUGGAACCUGCACAACGCCUGUUCCGAGAAGCAGCUCGACUUCUUCGUCCUUUUCAGCUCCGUCGUAGGAACAUCUGGCAACCCAGGCCAAUCCAACUACGGCGCAGCGAACACCUUCGUCGACUCUUUCGUAACCUACCGACGAUCUCUAGGCCUUCCAGCAACCCGUGUCACGCUCGGCGCCGUCGAAGAAGUAGGCAACUUCAGUCGCAACACUCGACUAGUCGAGCUCUUCCAAACGCAAUCACGCUUCUCCCUCUCCGAGAAAGAAGUCAUUGACGCAUUCCGUCUCGCCCUACCUCACACCAACACCACCACCGACCCGCCAUCCCUUAUCGCCUCCCCACUAGACAUAAUGGUCGGGGUAACGUCCUUCCUCAACCCGGACCAAAUGGAGAUAAACAACAGCGAAGCCUCAUUCGAGCAAGACGUGCGCUUCAACAUCCCCUCCCUAAUGCGAACCAGCAAAGCCGAAGCGCACAAUCAAGAAGCUGACGUUCUCCUCCGAUUAUUCGAAGCCAUCGCCAACGACCCAUCCUUCCUAAAUGACCCGAAAUGCGAGAGCACCAUUAUCUGCGAACUCGGGAAACGCGUCGGCAAUUUCUCGGCGCAGGCCGGGCUCGACGAGAAGCAAAUUGCUAGUUUCCCUAUCGACUCGCUCAUGGGGCUGGAAGUUAAGUAUUGGAUUCGGCGUAGUUUGGAUCUGGAGACGUCUGUUCUGGAGAUCUCACAGGCGAAGACUGUAGCUGGUGUGGCGGCUUUGGUUAUGAAGGGGCUACGGACGAAGUAUGGUAUUAGUGCUGAGGAUGGAAGUGGCUAGA